AUGUUCUUUGCCCGCGUGAUGUCGAAGCUGAUCCAUUUCUUUAUAGCUGAUUGUGAGUUGUAUACUACUGAUCUACUAACGCUCGUCUAUAAUGCUAACCAGGAUAGGCGGGGUGCAUUGAUGAGUCCGCGCUUGGUGCUAUCCAGAAAGUCCUCGGUGGAUUGCUUGGGAGCUUGGGCCAAUAAACUGCGGCAGGGCAUUUACACCCGUUUCUUGGCCCUCGCAAGGCUGCAAUGUGGUCUUAGACCUUCCGCGUAA